AUGCUGCAUUACAUUACACCGGUCGGUAGUAGAGACAGCGCUACUGUAUCGGCAUUGUAAUGGAAUUAGCAGGUGCCCUGUAAGCUAGCGUUAUUAGCAUCUGCGCUUUAUCUUUAUCUGGAGCUAUUAUACGGUUAAGGGCUAGCAUUGACCUGACAGGUAACGAUACAACGAUUACUAGUGAGCGGCUUGGCUGCUGGAGUUGUGUAAUUUGAUCAUAUUAUUUGCGUUAGAGGAUUCGCUUUGCUAGCAAGCUAAAUGUAGUCGUUGCUAUCAGUUUGUGAUGUUCCCCUGGUUCACCUUUGUGUGUCUGGUUGGAAUACUCGGCUUGUUUUUCUGGUCCCGCAAGCAACUAUCGAUAGUGUUUGCAGCCUGUUCGUGUCGUCCAGCCAUGGCACAACCGGAUGGUGCUGCUAAGAAGAAUCCCACUGUUGGGGACUUGCACUCUCACUUCCUUGUGGGAUCAAUAUCGGAGGAGAACUCAGAAGAUGAAAUCCAAGGGAAGGCAGACAUGCAGCUGGAGGAAAAGGAGAUUCGGUCGCUUUCACCAUCCUCCGGUAGCUCUGACAGCACCUUUGAAAUGGGUUUUGACCACAUGGAUGGCUCCAUGCUUAAUCUAAGACCAAGCAUGUCAGGGCUGCAUCUGGUAAAACAAGGAAGAGAUCGCAGGCGAAUUGAUCUUCAGAGGGACUUCACUGUUGCAUCUCCAGCUGAAUUUGUCACCCGCUUUGGUGGUAACAAGGUCAUUGAAAAGGUACUUAUUGCCAACAAUGGCAUUGCAGCAGUUAAAUGUAUGCGAUCCAUCCGUCGCUGGGCUUAUGAGAUGUUCCGCAAUGAAAGGGCUAUCCGGUUUGUUGUCAUGGUGACCCCAGAAGACCUGAAGGCCAAUGCAGAAUACAUAAAAAUGGCAGAUCAUUAUGUCCCUGUACCUGGAGGAACAAAUAACAAUAACUAUGCCAACGUUGAGCUCAUUCUGGAUAUUGCAAAACGCAUACCAGUUCAGGCAGUGUGGGCUGGAUGGGGUCAUGCUUCAGAAAACCCCAAACUCCCAGAGCUCCUUAACAAACAUGGCAUUGCUUUCAUGGGUCCUCCUAGUCAGGCUAUGUGGGCUCUAGGUGACAAGAUUGCCUCCUCAGUUGUGGCUCAGACAGCUGGUAUUCCAACUCUGCCCUGGAGCGGAACGGGCUUGACAGUUGAAUGGACAGAGAGCAACCAAAAAAAGAAAAUCAUCAAUGUUCCUCAUGAGUUAUAUGAGCUCGGCUGCAUCCACAACGUAGAGGAUGGCCUUAAAGCUGCAGAGAAGAUCGGCUAUCCAGUAAUGGUGAAGGCAUCAGAAGGUGGUGGAGGAAAAGGGAUCCGUAAAGUCAACUGUGCUGAUGACUUCCCUAACCUCUUCAGACAGGUCCAGGCAGAAGUUCCAGGAUCACCCAUCUUCAUCAUGCAGCUAGCCAAGCAUGCCCGCCACUUGGAGGUGCAGAUUUUGGCUGAUCAGAAUGGAAAUGCCAUUUCCCUGUUCGGCAGAGACUGUUCUGUGCAGCGACGUCACCAGAAAAUUAUAGAGGAAGCUCCUGCAACCAUUGCCACUUCUGAUGUGUUUGAGGAUAUGGAAAAGUGUGCUGUGAAGCUGGCCAAGAUGGUGGGCUAUGUCAGUGCAGGUACAGUAGAGUAUCUCUACAGCAUGGAUGGCAGCUUCUACUUCCUGGAGCUCAACCCACGUCUGCAGGUGGAGCACCCCUGUACUGAGAUGGUUGCUGAUGUCAACUUGCCUGCUGCUCAGCUGCAGAUUGCUAUGGGUAUUCCUCUUCAUCGGAUCAAAGACAUUAGGAUGCUUUAUGGAGUCCAUCCUUGGGGAGACUGUCCCAUUGACUUUGAGGGACUGUCAAAUACCCCCUCCCCAAGGGGACAUGUCAUUGCAGCACGCAUCACUAGUGAAAAUCCUGAUGAGGGUUUCAAGCCAAGCUCCGGAACGGUACAAGAGCUGAAUUUCCGCAGCAAUAAAAACGUAUGGGGCUACUUUAGUGUUGCAGCUGCAGGGGGGCUGCACGAGUUUGCUGACUCCCAGUUUGGUCACUGCUUUUCUUGGGGAGAGAAUCGUGAAGAGGCUAUCUCCAACAUGGUGGUUGCUCUGAAGGAGCUGUCUAUUAGAGGAGACUUCCGGACCACAGUGGAAUAUCUCAUUAAACUGCUGGAAACUGAAAGCUUUCAGCACAACAGCAUUGAUACAGGCUGGCUGGAUAGGCUCAUCGCAGAGAAGAUGCAGGCAGAGCGUCCGGACACUAUGCUGGGAAUUGUGAGUGGUGCUCUGCAUGUGGCUGAUGUAAAUCUGAGGAACAGUGUGUCCAACUUUCUGCAUUCUCUGGAAAGGGGCCAGGUGCUGCCAGCACAUACACUACUCAACACUGUUGAUGUGGAGCUGAUAUAUGAAGGUAACAAGUAUGUUCUGACAGUGACACGUCAGUCUCCCAACUCCUAUGUGGUCAUCAUGAACAACUCUUCGGCUGAGGUGGAUGUUCAUCGGCUAAGUGAUGGCGGCCUUUUGCUGUCAUAUGAUGGAAGCAGCUACACCACCUACAUGAAGGAAGAGGUGGACAGAUAUCGCAUCACAAUUGGGAACAAAACAUGUGUUUUUGAAAAGGAGAAUGAUCCCUCGAUGCUACGAUCUCCAUCGGCAGGAAAAAUCAUCCAGUACACAGUUGAGGAUGGCGGGCAUGUGUUUGCUGGCCAGUGCUACGCAGAAAUAGAGGUGAUGAAGAUGGUAAUGACCCUCACUGCUGCCGAGUCUGGUUGUAUUCACUAUGUGAAGAGGGCUGGAGCAGCAUUGGAGCCUGGCUGUGUCAUUGCCAAACUGCAACUGGACGACCCAAGCAGAGUUCAGCAGGCGGAGCUGCACACAGGGGCCCUGCCUUCUAUCCAGGCUGUAGCUCUGAGAGGGGAAAAGCUGCACAGAGUCUUCCACAGCACACUGGAUCAUCUUGUCCACAUAAUGAAUGGCUACUGCCUUCCUGAGCCUUUCUUUAGUGCUAAAUUGAAAGAGUGGGUGGAAAGGCUCAUGAAAACCAUGCGCGAUCCAUCUUUACCGCUGCUGGAGCUUCAGGACAUCAUGACAAGCGUGUCAGGUCGCAUCCCCCCUGCUGUAGAGAAGGCCAUCAAGAAGGAGAUGGCUCAGUAUGCCAGCAAUAUAACCUCUGUGCUCUGCCAGUUCCCCAGCCAGCAGAUUGCAAACAUCCUGGACAGCCAUGCUGCUACUCUUAACAAGAAGUCAGAGAGAGAAGUCUUCUUUAUGAACACACAAAGCAUUGUUCAGCUGGUGCAGAAAUAUCGCAGUGGCAUCCGAGGUCACAUGAAGGCUGUGGUGAUGGACUUGCUUAGGCAGUACCUGAAAGUAGAGAUCCAGUUCCAAAAUGGACAUUAUGACAAGUGUGUGUUUGCACUGCGUGAAGAAAACAAAGGUGACAUGGCCAAUGUCCUCAACUACAUCUUUUCACAUGCUCAAGUCACCAAGAAGAACCUGCUGGUUACCAUGCUGAUUGACCAGCUCUGUGGCCGUGAUCCCACUCUGACAGAUGAACUGAUGGCCAUCUUGACUGAACUCACACAGCUCAGCAAGACAACCAACGCCAAGGUGGCACUGCGUGCUCGGCAGGUGCUGAUAGCUUCCCACCUUCCCUCCUAUGAGUUACGACACAAUCAGGUGGAGUCCAUCUUCCUCUCUGCCAUUGAUAUGUAUGGUCACCAGUUCUGCAUUGAGAAUCUGCAGAAACUCAUCCUUUCGGAGACCUCCAUCUUUGAUGUUCUCCCCAACUUCUUCUACCACAGUAAUCAGGUUGUCAGGAUGGCUGCCCUCGAGGUGUAUGUUCGCAGAGCAUACAUUGCCUAUGAGCUCAACAGUGUGCAGCAUCGGCAGCUCAAGGACAACACAUGUGUAGUAGAGUUUCAAUUCAUGCUUCCUACCUCACAUCCCAACAGAGGGAACAUCCCCACUCUAAACAGGAAAAUGCCCACUCCAGUCCCGGACAAUGUAAAAGCCUUGGACACUAUAUUAGAGGAACCUAAACCCCAGGACGUUAAAACACAGGAUAGUGAAUCUAAGGAUAAUGCAGAGGAGAAAAAUACCACAGAUGUGGAAUCUGUGGACAGGAUGUCUUUCUCCUCCAACCUGAAUCACUACGGCAUGGUGCAUGUGGCUAACGUUAGUGACGUCCUGCUUGAUGCAUCUUUUACGCCACCUUGUCAGCGCAUGGGAGCAAUGGUCUCUUUCCGCUCCUUCCAGGAGUUUACACGGAACAUUACUGAUGUGCUGAGCUGCUUCUCUGACUCUCCUCCUCCAAGUCCAACUUUCCCAGAUGGAGGCAGUCCAGUGCUGUAUGGGGAGGAAGACAACAAGAGUGUCCCGGAUGAGGCUAUCCACAUCCUUAAUGUGGCUAUAAAGACUGACAGCGACAUUGAUGAUGAUGGCCUGGCAGCCAUGUUUCGGGAAUUCACUCAGUCAAAGAAAUCGCUGCUGUUUGAGCAUGGCAUCCGAAGGCUGACUUUUCUUGUUGCCCAGAAGGAUUUCAGGAAGCAGGUCAACUGUGAGGUGGACCAAAGGUUUCAUAGGGAAUUUCCAAAAUUCUUCACAUUCCGUGCUAGAGACAAGUUUGAGGAGGACAGGAUCUAUCGGCACUUGGAGCCAGCAUUAGCAUUCCAGCUGGAGCUGAACCGCAUGCGUAAUUUUGCCCUGACUGCCAUCCCAUGUGCUAAUCACAAGAUGCACCUGUACCUGGGUGCUGCCCGCGUGGAGGUGGGCACAGAAGUUACUGAUUACCGUUUUUUUGUCCGAGCCAUUAUCCGCCACUCUGAUCUCGUCACAAAGGAGGCUUCGUUUGAAUACCUUCACAAUGAAGCUGAGCGUCUGCUGCUGGAAGCCAUGGAUGAACUGGAGGUGGCUUUCAAUAACACAACUGUAAGAACUGACUGUAACCAUAUCUUCCUCAACUUCGUCCCCACAGUCAUCAUGGACCCAUCAAAGAUUGAGGAGUCUGUGCGCUCCAUGGUGAUGCGCUACGGCAGCCGCCUGUGGAAGCUGCGUGUCCUGCAAGCUGAAUUGAAAAUUAACAUCCGACUGACUCCAACAGGAAAGCAAAUUCCCAUCCGCCUUUUCCUUACUAAUGAAUCAGGCUACUACCUGGAUAUCAGCCUGUACAAAGAGGUCACUGACGCCCGAACGGGACAGGUGGGGCCCAAAGAUCGACAGAUAAUGUUCCAGGCAUAUGGAGAUAAGCAAGGCCCCUUGCACGGUAUGCUCAUCAAUACACCCUAUGUCACCAAGGACCUGCUGCAGUCCAAGCGCUUCCAGGCACAGUCUCUGGGCACAACCUAUGUCUAUGACUUUCCAGAAAUGUUUAGACAGGCUCUGAAAAAGCUCUGGCACUCCAGUCAGGCACAUGCCCAUUUACCCAAAUGCCCUCUUCCAUCUGAGCUGCUCACCUUUACUGAGCUGGUUCUGGAUGCUCAGGAUCAACUAGUGCAGAUGAACCGACUACCAGGGGGCAAUGAGAUUGGGAUGGUAGCAUGGCGAAUUACUCUGCGAACUCCAGAGUUUCCAGCAGGACGUGAGAUCAUAGUCAUAAGCAAUGAUAUCACACACAAAAUAGGCUCAUUUGGACCACAGGAAGACAUGCUGUUCCUGCGAGCUUCAGAGAUGGCUCGAGAGAGCGGCAUCCCUCGCAUCUACAUUGCUGCCAACAGCGGAGCACGCAUUGGUCUGGCAGAGGAAAUCAGGCACAUGUUCCACGUGGCCUGGCAAGAUCCAGCUGAUCCUUACAAGGGUUUCAAGUAUCUCUAUCUCACACCUCAGGAUUACAAGAAGGUCUCAGCUCUAAACUCCGUACAUUGUGAACAUAUAGAGGAUGAGGGAGAAUCCAGGUACAAGAUUACAGACAUUAUUGGAAAAGAUGAAGGGCUGGGUGUGGAGAAUCUGAGAGGAUCUGGAAUGAUUGCUGGAGAAUCUUCUCUAGCUUAUGAGGAGAUCAUCACCAUGAAUCUGGUAACAUGUCGAGCAAUAGGUAUUGGGGCCUAUUUGGUGAGACUUGGACAGCGAACCAUCCAAGUGGACAACUCUCACAUCAUCCUCACUGGCGCUGGGGCCCUCAACAAGGUGCUGGGCAGAGAAGUGUAUACGUCAAACAACCAGCUUGGUGGAGUUCAGAUCAUGCACAACAACGGUGUGACACACUGUACUGUUUGUGAUGAUUUUGAGGGAGUCUUUACUUUGUUGCAGUGGCUCUCCUACAUGCCCAAGUGUAAAUCUAGUCCUGUGCCCAUUGUCCAUGCCAAGGAUCCCAUAGAUCGGCUAGUGGAGUUUGUUCCUACCAAGGCUCCUUAUGACCCUCGCUGGAUGCUGGCAGGGCGUCCCAGCCAGACUCCAAAGGGUUCCUGGCAGAGUGGUUUCUUCGACCAUGGCUCUUUCAUGGAGAUGAUGCAACCAUGGGCUCAGAGUGUGGUGGUAGGCCGAGCCAGGCUUGGUGGGAUACCUACUGGAGUGGUUGCUGUGGAAACCAGGUCAGUGGAGCUGUCAAUCCCAGCUGACCCAGCUAAUUUGGACUCUGAGGCGAAGAUCAUCCAGCAGGCGGGACAGGUGUGGUUCCCUGAUUCUGCUUUCAAAACAGCCCAGGCCAUUAAGGACCUAAACCGAGAGGGCUUACCUCUCUUAGUAUUUGCCAACUGGAGGGGCUUUUCUGGAGGAAUGAAAGAUAUGUAUGACCAAGUAUUGAAGUUUGGAGCCUACAUUGUGGAUGGGCUGAGGGAGUACCAGCAACCGGUCCUGGUUUAUAUUCCCCCACAAGCUGAACUGAGAGGAGGUUCAUGGGUGGUCAUAGAUCCUACCAUCAACCCCCGCCACAUGGAGAUGUACGCUGACAAGGACAGCCGAGGUGGUGUGUUGGAGCCUGAGGGAACAGUGGAGAUCAAGUUUAGGAGAAAGGACCUUGUGAAGACCAUGAGAAGAGUAGAUCCGAUCUACAUGGGCUUGGCUGAAAAAUUAGGAACACCAGAGCUGAGUCCCCCUGACCGAAAAGAGCUGGAGACCAAGCUUAAGGAGCGUGAGGAGUUUUUACUGCCUAUCUACCAUCAGGUGGCUGUGCAGUUUGCAGAUCUCCAUGACACUCCAGGUCGCAUGCAAGAGAAGGGCGUCAUCACGGAUAUCCUGGAAUGGCAAACCUCCCGUCAGUUCUUCUACUGGCGUCUGCGACGUCUGCUGCUGGAGGACACAGUAAAGAGGAAGAUUCAAGCAGCAAACAGUGAGCUGACAGACGGCCAGAUCCAAGCAAUGCUCCGCCGCUGGUUUGUUGAGGCCGAGGGGGCUGUUAAGGCAUACCUAUGGGAUAACAAUGAAGAUGUAGUUGUUUGGCUGGAGAAGCAACUAGCUGAAGAAGAGGGCGCCAGAUCCGUCAUUGAUGAGAACAUAAAGUACAUCCGCCGAGAUCACCUCCUCAAGCAGAUUCGCAGCCUUGUUCAAGCGAACCCAGAGGUUGCUAUGGACUCUAUAGUGCACAUGACCCAGCACAUCUCACCAACACAGCGAGCUGAGGUGGUGCGUAUCUUGUCCACUAUGGAGACGCCAGCCUCCUCCUAAAGGAAGCCUGGUUUCUGCUGACCCCAUGGCAGCACAGCUCAGGCAACAAACAGAGCCAAAGGAGCCUGGCUCAGCCAGCUAUGCUCCUUUCUGGGACCUGGUCUUCAAACAGAGACUGGAGGAGCCAACCCGAUGGCCCUUGGUAUUUGCCAGGUUACUGAUGAAUCGUUGGCAAUGAUUCUUACUAAGCAAGUUAGGUUAUUGUAAUUAGUUAUAACCUUUUCUAACUUGCUUUACAUGUGUGCUAUUGCUUUCCCAAAUCCAUCUAUUUUGUUUUAAAGUGCUUUUUUCUGUUUGUAAAAAUAAUCUAGUAACUAAUAUUUAAUAUUUUGGAGUUUACAUUGUUGCUUAAAAGGAUGUUCAUUUUUUUUCACAACAAUCACUGGUUUCCAUCCUUUUGAACUGGAAAUUUGUACAAUAAUGUAUUAAGAAUACUAAAGGUCCUGAUAAAACGCACCUUGGUUUGUGACAUAUGCUUGUAAAGAUUUACAAGUGUUUUGAAGACCAACUCAACAAUGACAACACAUUGCUCUGUGGCGUUUAGCCAGAAAGGGGGUUUUAUUUCCUAAGAAGCACUUAGUUACUGAACAAAGAAGGGGAACGCUACAACAGAUUUGGACAGGGAAGCUCGGCAGGGAGCCGGGACAAGGUCCCUUUUAGACCCCGACUGUUUCACAGUCACCCUGCAGUGAGCAGUGGGCAGCUCACCUCACAACAAAACCACAGCUGUCCCUUCUGUUCGCACCCACACAUGCUGCUUUAAAGACACUUUAGUGCUUACUGUUCCCUCACAUUGCACCUAGAGUCAAACCUGAACAGUUUUUGCUGCUGCAGCUGGUUUACUAACAUGUAUACGCACAAAGUGACAUGAACAGUAAUGCACACAGCGCGGAAAAGAAUUUAGAUAAGAAUUGAUAUUUGUAUACACACUGAGGAAUAUAAGUCUAAUUUAGAAAGAUUGGGUCAUUUUUGAUAGUUAUUGUGUUGUUUCUAGAAGCAGCAUGAUGGCUUUAGAUACCUAACCAAAGAAAGAUUAAUUUAAUACAGUUAGCCCAAUCAGUAAAUAUCUGUUUUGAAAUAUUAAAGGCUACUGUUCACUUGACUUACAUGGUACAUGUCAGAUAUGGUGUCUCGUCUUAACUGUGUUCCACAGAAGUGUUUCUAUUUAAAGUUUGUCAUGAAUAUGAAUUGUUAGUUUUUGUUGAUAUUAAUUCUUGAAAACACUGUUUUAGUCAUGUUACUUGUCUACUUGAGUUUGUUACUAAAGCAAACUAUGGAAACUGUUUCAUUAAGUGAAGAGUACAUGUUUGCACAAACUGCACCAUACUGCUGAAUCCUUUUAGAUGAUUGUGUUAUUUGCUUUGUUGACAUCCCAGUGGCUUCAUGGUCAGCACUGUGCCUUUAACGUGCCCAUACUGACAUGCUGACCAGUUGCUUUAUGAAUCUUUGGUUGUUCUUGUACAAACAUGAGGAAGUGAUGAACUCUAAAUGUGUGUGCAGAUUUAAUAAAGCUUACAAACUUGG